UCCGUGCGCUGUGCAGCAUCCAACCAUUUUCCACAUCUCACUCGCAGGCAACAGAAUUUGCAGAUCCGUAGAUGGGCGAGGCACUUCCAUUGUGGUGAAAGUGCUCUACGUUGGGUGCCACUGGAGUGCAGUAAUUCGGAGCCGAGGGAAGCUGAAACUGAAAUUUGCAACAAUCUAAAGAUGGUGAACGCGAAGCUGAUUCUGCUGUGUUUUGUCACCCUAAGCUCGGCACAGGCUUCCAUCGUACACAUCGAAGCCAAUCCCGACGCCAAGCGGUUGUACGACGAUUUGCUGAGCAACUACAAUCGGUUGAUACGGCCCGUGGUGAAUAACACUGAAACGCUGACCGUUUGGCUGGGGCUGAAGCUGUCGCAGCUGAUCGAGGUGAGCCUCCGGAACCAGGUGAUGACGACCAACCUGUGGGUGAAGCAAAAGUGGUUCGACUACAAGCUCAAGUGGGACCCGGAAGAGUAUGGCGGUGUGGAGAUGCUGUACGUACCAUCGGAGCAGAUCUGGUUGCCGGACAUUGUGCUGUACAACAAUUGGGACGGAAACUACGAGGUGACGCUGAUGACGAAGGCCACGCUGAAGUACACGGGCGAAGUGUUCUGGGAGCCACCGGCCAUUUACAAGUCGUCCUGCGAGAUGAACGUCGAGUACUUUCCGUACGACGAGCAGACCUGCCUGAUGAAGUUUGGCUCGUGGACGUACAACGGUGCGCAGGUUGAGCUGCGGCACCUCGAUCAGAUUCCCGGCAGCAAUCUGGUACAGAUCGGCAUCGAUCUGAGUGAGUUUUAUUUGUCCGUCGAGUGGGACAUGCUGGAGGUUCCUGCAAGCCGCAACGAGGAAUACUAUCCGUGUUGUCCGGAACCGUUUUCAGGUAUGGUGGUACCCGCAAUGAAUUCGGGGACAGUGCUGAAACAGGGAACAUGUUUUUCUUUUGCAGACAUCACGUUCAAGCUCACGAUGAGACGCAAGACGCUCUUCUACACGGUCAAUCUGAUCAUUCCAUGCGUCGGCAUCACGUUCCUGACCGUGCUCGUGUUCUAUCUGCCGAGUGAUUCGGGCGAGAAGGUCACGCUCUGCAUCUCGAUACUGGUGUCGUUGACUGUGUUCUUUUUGCUGCUGGCCGAAAUCAUCCCUCCCACGUCACUGGCGGUGCCACUUCUGGGGAAGUAUCUGCUCUUCACGAUGAUCCUUGUGUCGCUGUCGGUUUGGACGACGGUUUGUGUGCUGAACGUCUGGUACAGGAGCACAUCAACGCAUAAAAUGUCACCAUUCGUCCGGAGGCUGUUCCUGGAGAUUAUGCCAAAGAUUCUGAUGAUGCGCCGGGCCAAGUACACGCUGCCGGAUUACGACGAUUCGACGCCCAGCAACGGUUACACGAAUGAAAUCGAAAUGAGUGUUAGUGAUUUUCCCGGCGAGUUCAAGGAGGGCGGCGACAGUUUCGAUAAUAUAGGAGUUAAUCUAUCGCACGGUUCAGUCGAGGCGGACAAUGUCAUACCGAAGCAAUUAUCAGCGGAGGUGCUGUCCGCGAUACAGGCGGUAAGAUUUAUCGCCCAGCACAUCAAGGACGCCGAUAAGGAUAAUGAGAUCGUUGAAGAUUGGAAGUUUGUCUCGAUGGUGCUGGACCGGUUCUUCCUGUGGGUGUUUACGAUUUCCUGCAUUUUCGGCACGUUCGGAAUCAUCUUCCAGAGCCCGUCGCUGUACGAUACGCGGGCACCGGUCGAUCAGCAGCUGAGCGAAAUUCCACUGCGCAAGAACAACUUUAUGCUUCCGCCGGACAUAGUGCGCAUCACGCUCGACUAAGCUGGAGCCUGGAGGGUCGUCGAAGUCGGCACUUCGGAAUACGACGUGGUUAACGUAUCAAAUUAAGAAUUUUAUAGUACAUAACCUAACCUACGGAGCAGACCGUGCAGUAUGAACGUGACGUAGUCAUUUUGACUAAUAGAUACGAUUAAGGAUUUCAGCUUAGCCCUACAUUCCUAAUGAAUCUACUUUAUAACAUACGAACAGCGAAUUGAUGGUAUUUCUUAACGAAAACA